GCUGAUUCAUUCACAUGACAACCCUGUCUAGUUUCGGUUAAGUCCUGUUUACCGGUGCUGUGAAAGUUAGUCCGGAGAAUCUGUUUUACAAGACGGAAACCAUCAUGUUAAAGUUAGUUUAGGAACCGCACGGAGAAGAUAAAUGGCUAAAGAGACCCGACGUCCGUCAGAGAGCUAACUCUGUUACUGUAACACACCGAGACGGCACAAAGAGGGUUAGCUAAACUGCCUCAGCAUCGUUGAUGUGCUGUUCACUCCAGUAGAUUUUUUUUGUAUUAACUUCCUCAAGGAAUUUACCAAAAUCCUGCAAAAUGACUCCAGAAGGGAAAAAGCUGGUUAACAUCAUUAUCCUAGGCUUCGGCUUUAUGUUCAUGUUCACUGCUUUCCAAACAUGCGGUAAUAUAGAGCAAACAGUUAUCAAGAGCUUCAACAGCACUGAGUUCCACGGUAGCGGGUACACAAGCAUGGCCAUCAUCUAUGGCGUUUUCUCUGCAUCCAACCUGAUCGCCCCGUCAGUAGUAACGGUCAUCGGACCGCAGCUGUCAAUGUUUUUUAGUGGGCUUUUGUACAGCGGCUACAUUGCUAUGUUCAUUUACCCGUACACGUGGAGCUUCUACACUGCGUCUGUGUUGGUUGGAAUAGGAGCAGCAGUCUUGUGGACUGCUCAGGGGAACGUUCUUGCCAUCAACUCCACUGAAAACACAAUUGGAAGAAAUAGCGGCAUAUUUUGGGCACUGCUGCAGUUCAGCUUAUUCUUUGGAAACAUUUACAUAUACUUUGCCUGGCAUGGACACACUCACAUAACAGACAAGGACCGUCAGACGGUGUUCAUCUCCCUCACCGUGAUCAGUCUGGUGGGUUGCUUCCUCUUCUUCUUGAUCCGGAAGCCGGACCCUGAACCGGCUGCCUCUGAGGCGUCGGAGUCGCUGCUGCAGGCGGAGUCGUCCGAGAGCGGCUCCACAGCCAGCCCACCUCGCCCUGGUCUCUGCUCGCAAGCUCUGGACGCUUUUGUUAAAGCCUGUAAAAUAUUUUUCACCAAAGAGAUGCUGCUGCUGAGCGUCUCCAUAGGAUACACAGGCUUGGAGCUCACUUUUUACAGCGGGGUUUACGGGACGUGCAUCGGCGCCAUGACCCGGUUUGGCCAAGAUGCGAAGGGUUUAAUCGGCAUCUCCGGCAUUUUCAUCGGCAUCGGCGAGAUCCUGGGAGGGGGCGUGUUUGGGAUGCUGAACAAGUGCAACCGGUUUGGGAGGAACCCGGUAGUGCUGCUGGGCCUCAUCACUCACUUCGUCGCCUUUUACCUGAUUUUCCUUAACAUUGCCAGCGACGCUCCGAUAGCCCCGGAGGCGGGAACAGACCUGCAGGCCUACAUCACCCCCAGUGUCGAGGUGGCGAUGCUGUGCAGCUUCUUGCUCGGUUUGGGCGACAGCUGCUUCAACACUCAGCUCCUCAGCAUCAUCGGCUUCACGUUCCACGACAACAGUGCCCCCGCCUUCGCUGCCUUCAAGUUCAUACAGUCCAUCAUGGCCGCUCUGGCCUUCUUCUACAGUAACUACCUGCUGCUGCACUGGCAGCUGCUCAUCCUGGUCGUGGUGGGUUUUCUGGGCACCGUGACCUUCUUUGUGGCCGAGGGCCGGGCCGAGUCCAGCAAGCGAGAAUCGGACUACGACAGCAUCUGACGUGGCGUCUGGUGAGGAUGAGGAGGGCGCAGCUGGAGCUGUUUCACCCUCCACAGCUGGGAAAAAACUCUGACACUGACACUGGGGGUAUCUGCCGUCUGGGUCUGUACGAAGCCCGGCGGUGGCUGCGGGAACCAAACUUUAAUCUCACUCUCAACAUCUCUCUGUACUUAUUCAAACAGCAUGAGGAGGUACUGUGUUACACACAAGAUAUAUCUCAUUGUGGUUCAUUGUUGACCCCACUUCUAUUAUUUUAAGCACAUACAUUUAAAAUGUAUCUGGAGAAAUCAUGAAAACGUGCUUCAAACAGACUUCACUGAGGUUGAUAGAGGUUGGUUAAUCAAAUAAAAAGCGGGUCCCACUGAUCGUGUCUGUGUGAAGAGAUCCUGGACAAUAACACUGACUUUAUUGUAGGUUUUACCACAAAAACUAGCGAAAUUCUGUAUUUUUCUUCUCGUGAAAAGUCCCAUGAAAAGACCAAAACAGCGGUGAACGAUUCAGUUCCUGUGUGUGUCUCACAGCCUGAUGUCUCUUCUCCCUCUGAGCCGAAGAGCUCCUUUGUUCUCUAGAAACUAUUAAAACCCAUCAGAGAGCCUCGCUGCUGCACUGGGUCACACGUUUCUUCACCACCGUGAACACACACUUAGUAGUAGUUUAUACCGACUCGGUCCCACGCACACACCGACCUGCCGCCUCAAACACUCACUAGAGCUCCACAUGUGGAUUCAUCCACCGCUGAAAGUAGUCCCCAACAAAUGCACUAUUUCCUUGUGUUUGUUUGAUAGAAACUACAGCGAGCAGCUGCCCUUUUUUUUUUUUUCUUCAGUAGGAACCAAUGGGCUUGGAACUAAGAGCCACAGACAGGAAGUCAGGCUGCUUGGUCUUUUCAUGGGAUUUGGUGACGGCAUUAAAAUACAAUAAUUCCAGCCUUGUCCUUUUAAAAGUCCCACUUCCACUCCAUCUCUUGCACGAAUAAUGUUGCUGUUGCUCUUUAUCUCACAACCUUAAACUUAACUUGUACAACAACAGAUCUCAAGUCCUUUACGAGCCCAGCCCUCCUCGGAUCUGCUCAUCCGACAGUGACUUACAUUUAAAAAAAACAUUACACCAAACUGGGAACAAAUCAGUUAAAAGGGAAACAUUGCCACAAAACUGAACUCUUUUUCAUUCGUUCAUUCUGUUCUCAUUCCUUCACACACUAACGUGCUCUGUCACCAGUCUAGUUGUAAUAAGAUCCAGAUCGAGGGCGACCCGUGACUCUGCUUUCCAGGAAACUUUUCAUGAUUACAAGUGGGUGACUGCGUUUAGUUCAGAUGAAAUCACUUUGUGCCCCGAAGAAAAAGUCCUUUUCUCUUCAUUACAACUUUUUCUCAGCUCCUAAUAAGCGCUGGAUGUUUCAAGGGUAAAAGAGGGACAACGAGAUGAAUGUUUAGUUUUACAUUGGUGACAACAGAGAGUUUCAAGCUACUCUAGCAGCACGGCUGUAUAGAUGAGUGUCAGUCAAGUCGCUCCACCGCUUUGGUUCACAUUUAACUAUUUUUAUUGGAUGCACUGCGAGAAAUUUGGUGCAGACAUUCAAUGGACUAUAAUCACUUUGCCGACCUUGCAAGUGGCUUAAAGUGGCCGAACAGUGAUUUAGUUUUGCUAAAGCUGAGUCCCGAGAGUUAAAUUAAAAACAAAAAAGGUCCAAAACAAGCAUUUGUUUUUACAAUUCCCAUAAUGCAUCUUGACAACAUCUUAUGUUAAAGCCUCCCUGCAUGGUUAAUGAGUCUGUCUUUCAAACGCCACACAGCCACUUUGUAACAUGGGCUUUCUGUUAAAGGUGCCCUGCGGACCUUUUCACCACUAGGAGUGCUGCAGAGCAGUGUUUUUAAGAGCGAGUCGACCAUUUUGUUUGUAUUAGUUGCUGUAUGUGUGCGAGCAUGCAGGUGCCAAUAAAUAUGUAGCAAUAUGCCAACAAAAGCACUGAGGAAGAAGACUGCUAGCUCGUAAACAUAGACGUAAACAACAAUUAAACUCCACAGGGCACCUUUUUAAGGAUUCAAGAGCCAAGCUGGGAAAGCCGUAAAGGACAUUAUAUAUCAGGCCUAAAGAAACUAACCAUGACAAGUAAAUGAAUAUAGAGAGCUUCGGCCCCAUGGGACCUUAUUUCGGAAAAAUAUGUUAGUAAAUACGUUAGCUAGCUAGGUAGCCCAGCUAUAUUCCACACACAGAUGUAUCCCACUCGAUGUGUUUAAUCCAACGACUCCUGGUCCUUUAACCUACACAGGGAAGCUCUUUGGCGUUAGCGCAGUCAUUAAGGGAAACGGUUACGACGUCACAUACGCGACUUUUGGGUUUGUGGUCUUUGUUAUUACGUAUUUUCACAGUCUUAUACUUAGUUUUACAACAAACUGCGGCUUUCUUGACUCAGAAUUAUAUUUCAAACAAACAUCAUGCGUGUGAUUCAGGACACUUCAAACUGGAUCAAAACAUUUGUUGUCUCUGGCCGUUGACUACCGUACAUCAUUUAUUCCAAAAUAAGGUCCAAUGUGCGUCCAUUAUAAUCAGUGGAGUGUCCCUUUAACUUGUUUACCUCUCUGCUUGCAUAUCCUCAAACAGCAAAACACCUUGACUCAGUUACCACAGUCAGUCCAGUUUUCACUGUAAAACAAACGGCGGACCUUAACUUUAACUUUUCUCACACUUUGGUUCCUUUACAUCCGGCUGCUAGUGUAGCCGAAGACUCUCAGUCGUGUCCUUUUUCUUUUUAGUUUAUCUGUGUUGUUGCACUUUGGUGAAGUUCCCCUCAAAUCAUUUCAAACGGAUCUGAUGCCAAACCAACACAGUGCUAAAUACAGGCCUUAUCAGACAUGUUUGUUUACUGUGACAGUGGGAAAGGGUAACAAAGAACUAUAUCUUAGAUGCUGUAGUCGUUUCCUUUUUGUUUAAAGUGUCAAUUUAUGAGUUGCAGGACAUUAUUCUGGUUAAUUUAUUGCUAAAUGAAACACGAGAGGUUUGUGUUUGCUCAAGUUUUGUUUCUUGAUGCAACUGCAAUGGAUGCAAUCAAUUUCAAGGAUACUAAGGGAAAAAUGCAUGGGUGAUAUGAAGGUGAUUUUAUACUUGAAUGUAGUAAUUAUGAAUGGCACACAAACUUUUGCUUGCUUGUUUUUAUUAUCAAUAAAUAUUAUUUUGAACAGUA